CCGUCCUGAAAUGGCAGCGGUUGGCCAUUGUGCCGCGAGGGAGGCCGUCUUCUCAUGCCAGCACUCUCGCUCUGACCAGGCAUCUCUUCGGCAGCGCGAGCUCGUCCGUGAUUCAUCCCUUUCACAGCACUCUUCUCCGCCGCCCUCCUCUUCUUAUCUUCCUCUCCAAUCUCUCCCACGCUCGGUUUAGAACAAUUCCAGACCGUGACUGCGUCGACCAGUCACUCGCAGCUUGCAUAGUCGUGAAAAUCCGCGGUUGAUUGAUCGAGAGACGGCGAUUUUUCCGUGAUAUGAUGCAUUGGUGACGAGUGCGAAGAAGCACAUGCUAGUUUCUUAUUGUCGGAGGAGGAGGAGGAUUUCACUGCAGCUCUGUUUUCUAUGAGGGAGCUUACAUGCAUACUGGGAAGUUUGUAGCAUUUACUUCAUCGGAGUUUUCUUGUUCGUCGCAUUCUGUUUGGCUCUGGAGCUGUACACGUGUUAUGCUUGCAGAUGACAUCCAGGGGUUGCGUUCUGCAUGAAGAUUUUAUGUGCAACUUGAGCCGCACAGUUAUUCCUUGAACUUGCUCAAGUAGAAAGAACAUCGGAAAGCACAGGAACAGGAAAAGCAAGUGCGACAAAGGGGGACACAUUGUCGUACGUUUAUGCUCCAAAUGACAAGCAGACAGAGCUUUCAAAGUUUACGAAUCCUGCUCCUCCUGUUGAGCUGCGCAGGUUCAGAUAAAUUUUGGCACACAUGUAUGGUAGGCCCUUCACUGGCUGACGAUUGUCGGGGAUCAAAUGGAGCCAGGGACAGUUCAAUUCCCAUGGAUUUUCACCAGAGUAUCUUUGGACAUGUUAAAUCCAAAGAGAGCUGUGCUCACACUGUGAACGACUGGGAACGGCGUCCAUACAGUUUCUCCAUUAUCGAUUUUGGUGCUGUAGGGGAUGGCACGACACUUAAUACACAUGCAUUUGAGAGGGCCAUGUUGUCCCUUAGUAACUAUGCUGAUAAAGGAGGUGCAGAAUUGUACAUUCCUGCGGGAAGGUGGCUUACUGGAAGUAUUAGGUUAAUAAGUCAUCUCACGUUAUUCCUGGAAAGCGGAGCUACAAUCCUUGGAUCAGAGGACUUUAACGACUACCCACUCAUUCCAGGAUUACCAUCAUAUGGUCGAGGUCGUGAGCUGCCUGGUUCACGAUACAGUAGUCUCAUCAAUGGCGAUGGUCUCGAGGAUGUUAUCAUUACAGGUAAUAAUGGAACAAUUGAUGGACAAGGAGCGGUAUGGUGGAGUUCAUUUCGCAGCAAAACAUUGGAGCACACCCGAGGCCAUUUGUUAGAGCUUAUAGAAGCACAAGAUAUCUUAAUUUCAAAUCUUACUUUUCAAAACUCGCCAUUCUGGACCAUCCAUCCGGUCUAUUCCAAGAAUGUAGUGGUGAAACGCGUAACCAUCUUGAAUCCACUGAAUUCUCCGAAUACAGACGGUAUUGACCCAGACUCUAGCCAAUAUGUCUGCAUUGAAGACUGUUACAUUAGUGUUGGUGACGAUGCGAUUUCUAUCAAAAGCGGAUGGGAUCAAUAUGGAACAGGCUUCGGGAUGCCUAGCAAAUAUAUUCGAAUUCAACGCGUAGUUGCAUUCUCGCAUACUAGUGCUGGAAUUUCAUUCGGCAGUGAAAUGUCUGGGGGCAUCUCUGACAUCGAGGUUGAUGACAUGGUCAUCACUAAUUCCAGAUGGGGUGUGCGCUUCAAAACUUCAGUGGGACGAGGAGCAUACAUAAGGAAUGUCACAGUGAAUAACAUAGUAAUGCAUACGGUCAGGACUGCGAUCGCUGUCAUGGGCAAUUAUGGAGAACAUCCCGAUGAAAAUUGGAACCGAACUGCGUAUCCAGUCAUUGAGAAUAUUCUUGUGGGGAAUAUUGUGGGUGAAAACAUCACACAGGCAGGUCUUCUGCUGGGGUUACCAGACGCACCUUUUCAUGACAUCCACCUCACCAAAGUAGUCCUUGAUACUCGCACAACAAAGCAAGGUCCUUGGAAUUGCUCAUGGGUAACUGGAUUCUAUAACUUUGUAUUACCUAAGCCAUGCCCUGAGCUGACUAUGGAAAAUUCGAAUGGCUAGGACGAGCUUGUAAAAACCUUGUAAAUAUACACCCUGGCAUGCUGCAUGACGUUUUGUAGAGACUACACGAUUAUACAGCAUGUAAUUGAAUUUAAAUUUAUGAAAGCUCUCAUGAUGUGGCAUA